CUCUAAUUCUCCAACUGCUAUCAUCAGAGUAAAACUAGAAAAGAUAAAUAAAUUUCUGUCACCUCCAUUUUUUUAAAGUAUUUUUUCACCACGUGUUUAAAUUCUCGUCUUUCUCUCCCCACCGUCUUCUCUCUCAUCCUUUCUCUUCCUUCUCCCCCGUCUAUUUUACGCCCCUCCUCUGUUCUUCGCUCUCUCCACUCUGUUUCCACUGAGAGGAAAAAAAAAAGCAUGAAGAAAAUCCGCAACUCGAUCCUACUCUUAUCAUUCGUGCUGGCAGCCUCGGCGGCGGUUUCAUCCGCAGAGCAGAUUCCUUCCGCUGCUUACGACCGCGUGCUGUUCCCGGACCGCCGGUGCCAGAAGACGGCGUCGGAGAACAUGACGCGGCGAGGAUCCUCUGCGGCGGCGGCGGAGUGUGAGGUGUGGAGUGAGUCAUGUUCGGAGGCGGUGCUGAGCGUGGCGCGGCGGCCGGAGACGGCGGAGUGGCUGAAGAAGAUUCGGCGGAAGAUUCACGCGAAUCCGGAGCUGGCGUUCGAGGAAAUCGAGACGAGUGGUUUGAUAAGAGAAGAGUUGGAUCUGAUGGAAGUUAGUUAUCGAUACCCUCUAGCCAAGACCGGUAUUCGAGCCUGGAUCGGCACGGGGGGUCCGCCUUUUGUUGCGAUCAGAGCUGACAUGGACGCACUUCCAAUCCAGGAAGCUGUGGAAUGGGAGUACAAAUCUAAAGUUGCCGGCAAAAUGCAUGCUUGUGGGCACGACGCACAUGUGGCUAUGCUUAUCGGCGCUGCCAAGAUUUUGAAAACUCGAGAGCAUUUAUUAAAGGGAACUGUAAUUCUGUUAUUCCAGCCAGCAGAGGAAGCUGGUAAUGGAGCAAAAAGAAUGAUGCAAGAUGGUGCUUUGGAGGACGUGGAGGCUAUAUUUGCAGCUCAUGUAUCCCAUGAACAUCCAACUGGUAUAAUUGGCUCAAGGCCUGGACCCCUCCUUGCAGGUUGUGGAUUCUUCAGAGCUGUCAUUAGUGGCAAAAAGGGUCUUGCUGCCAAUCCUCACCGUUCUGUUGAUCCAGUUUUGGCUGCUUCAGCUGCAGUUAUCAGCUUACAGGGUAUUGUCUCCCGCGAAGCAAAUCCAUUGGAUUCUCAGGUUGUCUCUGUGACUUCGUUUAAUGGAGGCAACAAUCUUGACAUGAUACCUGACUCGGUGGUCCUAUUGGGGACUUUCAGAGCGUUCUCUAACACCAGCUUUUACCAGCUACUUGAAAGAAUAGAGCAGGUGAUUGUGGAACAGGCUAGUGUCUACAGAUGCUUGGCAGAAGUUGACUUCUUUGAAAAGGAGUACACAAUUUACCCUCCCACGGUUAAUGAUAACCGAAUGUAUGAGCAUGUGAAAAAGGUGUCCAUUGAUUUGCUGGGUCAUAAGAAUUUCAGGGUAGUUCCACCUAUGAUGGGUGCUGAAGAUUUCUCUUUCUACUCCGAGGUGGUUCCCUCAGGUUUCUUCUACAUAGGAGUAAGGAAUGAAACACUGGGGUCUACUCAUACGGGACACUCUCCAUAUUUCAUGAUUGAUGAAGACGUUCUACCAAUAGGUGCUGCUGCUCAUGCUAGUAUUGCAGAGAGGUACCUCAUUGAACAUGGUUGAUGUUGGAAAAUAGUUGAAAGAACCCUGCUCUUGUUGUCACGUCUUCUCAAAUUCGUACAAAAUUGGUACACGAGUUCACCCGUCCCCCUCAUGUUUCUCACACGAGUAAAUUCUCAGUUUAGUUCGUGAUAUUGCAAGUGUUUGUCACUUUAGUUAUUAAAUUAAUAAAAUCUUUACUUUAGUCUCUACC